UUAGUACUAGGUGAAGUGUGCUUUGAUAUUUGCAAGUAGAAAACUGAAAUCAAUGAUUUUCUUCUCUGUAUCUCUAGGUUUGAAUGUUCGGGAACUAUACGUUUACAAGAACUGCACAUCCAACUGCACUUUUUUAUAUCCAUCCGAAACACCUCCUGAAGCCCCGAGAAUCCUUAAAACUAAUAGUUUUUAUUUUGUUCAUUGUUGUAAUUCUAUGAGUUGCAAUGACGGAGGACCUACUAAUUUCGAGAGGGAUAUCCUACCUGAUUAUACAAUUGAGGAGGAGUUAGAGGGAACUGUGCGCCUGGGAGAGUCAACAUUUUUCCUGAGCGUUGCCUCCAUCCUAGUCAGUAAUACACUGACAUGAGAAGCCCUCUUGGAGGGCCUGAUCUCUCCCCCCAUUCCUCAGAGCAAGUUCACUCUCCUUUCCUCCCUUGUGAGCGGGGACCCUGACCCACACGCCUCCCAGUUGGCCGGUUACCCCUUUAAGCUUAUUUCAAGAGAGAAAUAAAGAACAUCAUUGUUUGGGUACUGCUUACCCGGAGAUUUCUUUGUGGUUUUAGCGUUUGAUCUGUUCGUUCCUCUUUAGACAUCAUCUCACAAGUAAACCAAAACCUCU